UUACUUUCAGUUGUUUGCGCACAUUCAAGCCAAUCGGUUGGCUUCGCUCGAUUCCUCCCACAAACUUUACGGAUUACGCUGGAGGACACUUAAACUAAAAGAGAGGAUUUAAAUAAAGGCCUGGCAGAUCUAUUAUUCUGAACGCAACUGUAUAUCCAUACAUGUUUGUGCCCAUCUAAAUACGAUCUCUUGGUGGCUGUUGAACUCAAGAGAAUCCACUUGAACCAUGGCAAAAGUGCCGAUCAUGCUGAUGAUCAUUGCGCUCGUCUCGGCGACUCCGGACCUGGGAUGCGAUUUUGGCCAUCACCGCUGCUACAUUGAUGUCACUGCAGAGAGCAGUCCCCGCCAGCGGCAACUCCUCUCCGACAUGGACAUCACGUUGCAGUGCUUCCAAACCAACGCCAAAUGGUUCUAUCAGGAUAAAUUCCAACUGAGGGGUUCCCUUUUGCGCCUGGAACGAGCCCAGUCCGGGAAUUCGGGCAACUAUGGCUGCCUGGAUGGCCAGAACAGAUGGUACAAUAUCUCUCUGAUUGUGGGCCACCAGGAGUCAGUGGGCAAUGACAUAGCCAGCUUUGCCAAGGUGGAAGCUGCACCGGCGAUCCUGGAGUCCGAUCUCUUCUUUCAGCCGCUUAAUGCAAGCCGAUCCCUGAAGCUGAUGCAACCACUGCCCAAAACCGUCCAACGGACGGCCGGUGGUCUCUUCCAGCUGAGCUGCAGUCCCACGGAUCCGGAGGCCACCGGAGUAAACAUAUCCUGGCUGCACAAUGACACGCAAAUCCUGGGCGGACGUGGCCGGAUCAAGCUCAAGCGCUGGUCACUCACGGUGGGUCAACUGCAGCCGGACGAUGCGGGAAGCUAUCACUGUGAGCUGUGUGUGCAGCAGGACUGCCAGAGGAGCAAUCCCACCGAGCUGGAGGUGGUCAGCCGGAGCCACUCGGUGCCCAUGCUGAAGCCGGGAUAUCCCCGGAACGCCAGCAUUGCCCUUGGGGACAAUGUGAACAUUGAGUGCCUCCUGGAGGACUCUGCCCUGGAGCCGAAGAUCACAUGGUUGCACAAGGAAAACGUUGACAACAUCGAUGAGGUUCUGCAGCGGUUGAGGGAUCAUUCCCAGCUACCGGUGGACUUUAUCCGCAUGACCACCCGAAUGGACGAGCCGCAGAUGCUUCCUUUGGGAAAUGUCAUCGAGGAGGAUGGCGGCUGGUACAUCUGCAUUGCCGAGAACCAGGUCGGACGCACUGUGGCGGCCGCCCAUCUGGAUCUGUACAGUCCUCUGGAUACCACCACACCUCGAGGAACCACUAGCACUACUCAGGCCACUCCCACACCCACUUCCUCCAAUGCCGAAGAUGCCGAUGAUGAGGCGGAUAAUGCGGCAGCGGAUGCCACUGAUGGCGAGGGUCCGCCUGUCUUCAAAAAAGAUCUAAAGCCCCUCCAGCACUCGUUAUCCGGAAAUACAGUGACCUUGGCCUGUCCCGUCUUCGGCAAAAAAGCGAACAUCACCUGGACAAAGGACAAGAAACCACUGAACCGCGAACUGGGUGUCUACAUCCAGAAGAACUGGACACUGCGUUUUGUAGAGGCCACCAGCGAGGAUUCGGGCAAAUACACCUGCGAAGUGUGCAAUGCCUGGGGCUGCAUCCACUUUGACUUCAGUGUUAAGGUCAACGAUCGCACCCGAUCCGCACCCAUUAUCGUUGUGCCGCAGAACCAGACCGUCAAGGUGAACAGCAGCCUGGUGAUGAAGUGCACCGUGUACUCCGAUCUGCAUCCCACGGUCAGCUGGAAGAGGGUGGUGCUCCGGAACGCCUCGCUGAACGGCCUUGAGUCGCUGAAGUUCCAGAGCCUCAACUUCACUGUGACCAACGACUCCGUUGUGCUGGCCCUGCGCAAUGUGACCUACGACCAGGAGGGCUGGUACACCUGCUUGGCAUCGAAUGGCCUGGGCGGGAGCAACUCCAGUGUCUACCUGCGGGUGGUAAGUCCUCUGCCGCCGCUGGAGAUCUACGCCCUGCUCCAUGCCCAUCCGCUUGGUUUUACACUGGCGGCCAUUACAGUGGUGGCACUGUUCCUGUUCGGCAGCGCCUUUAUAACCUUCAUGCUGCGCCGAUUGCGGCGGGAGAAGCUUCUCAAGCUGCGCAUCGAAACGGUGCACCAGUGGACCAAGAAGGUGAUCAUCUACCGGCCAGGCGGAGACGAGGGCAGUGGCUGCAGCUCCGGGGAUCUGCAGAUGCCGGUGAUCAGGAUCGAGAAGCAGAGAACGACCGUUUCCACGACCGGAACUGGUGGCGCUGAUCCUGCCCAGGGAUUCAACGAGUAUGAGUUCCCGCUAGACUCCAACUGGGAGAUACCCAGGCAGCAGCUCGCCCUGGGCUCAAUCCUGGGCGAGGGCGCCUUUGGACGCGUGGUCAUGGCCGAGGCGGAGGGUCUGCCCCGGAGUCCCCAGCUGGCCGAGACCAUUGUGGCCGUCAAGAUGGUCAAGGAGGAGCACACGGACACGGACAUGGCCAGCCUGGUGCGCGAGAUGGAGGUGAUGAAGAUGAUUGGCAAGCACAUCAACAUCAUCAACCUGCUGGGCUGCUGCAGCCAGGGCGGUCCACUCUGGGUCAUCGUGGAGUAUGCGCCGCAUGGCAACCUCAAGGACUUCCUUAAGCAGAACCGCCCGGGUGCUCCUCAGCGGCGCAGCGACAGCGAUGGCUACCUGGACGACAGGCCCCUGAUUCCCUCCCAGCAACUGGGCGAAAAGGAGCUCACCAAGUUUGCCUUUCAAAUCGCUCGCGGAAUGGAGUAUCUCGCCUCACGACGGUGUAUCCAUCGGGAUUUAGCCGCCCGCAAUGUCCUCGUUAGCGAUGGCUACGUGAUGAAGAUCGCUGACUUCGGCCUGGCGCGGGACAUCCAGGAUACGGAGUACUACCGCAAGAACACCAACGGACGGCUGCCCAUUAAGUGGAUGGCCCCUGAGUCGCUGCAGGAGAAGAAGUACGACUCGCAGAGCGACGUAUGGAGCUACGGGGUGCUGCUGUGGGAGAUCAUGACGUACGGGGAUCAGCCGUACCCGCAGAUCCUGUCCGCCGAGGAGCUCUACAGCUACCUGAUCACGGGUCAGCGCAUGGAGAAGCCGGCCAAGUGCUCGCUUAACAUCUACGUGGUGAUGCGGCAGUGCUGGCACUUCGAGUCCUGUGCCAGGCCCACCUUCGCCGAGCUGGUGGAGAGCUUCGACGGGAUCCUGCAGCAGGCCAGCAGCAACCCGAACGACGCCUACCUGGACCUGUCCAUGCCCAUGCUGGAGACGCCGCCCUCAUCGGGGGAUGAGGACGAUGGCUCCGACACCGAAACAUUCCGGGAGACCUCUCCGCUUAGAUACCAGUACACCUAUAAGUUUAACUAGUUUAAUGCCUAGUCUUGGGAAACCAAGAAAAUCCGACGACACAAUCAGUUCCCAUCGAUGCAUCGCUAACCAAUACUCCAUUGCCCAUCAUCUCAGAAAUUGCCAAAGAAAAGCUGAAGCAGAAUCUUCUAAUCGAGUUAACCCGAUUCUCUUAAAACAUAUGCACCAUUAAGUUUUCAUCCAAGUUCGUGACAUUGGCUUAAAAACAAAGACUUAAUUAUCUUAGCAUUCCCAUUAACUUUAAUUGCUCAACGAAUCUAUGUAUGUCGGCAAUGUUUUGUUUGAGGUCUUUGGGUUUUGUAUAUUUCAUAAUUCUUCUUGUUGAGGCAAUAAAAACGAAUUUGUUUUAUAUAUA